UUUUGAUUACGAAGAUUUCGAAGAAGUCCGACAAAGACAUCAGGAGACAGCAAAGAACCCUGCAAGUUUUAGGACCCGUCCGGGCAAAUAAGCGGACAUUUAAAAGUACUCUAAUGGCCCGUCUUGACCAAUGGACGGGAGGCAAGGGGCAACGCUAUCGAGCUCGGCGGGAGAAGCCACGCCUCCGUGGGUGCUCCCGGCCAAUCACGGGCGUGCAAUUUUUGGGAACCCCCGAGCCCUGAGAAAGGAGCGCAUGUCCUUAUAUGGGCGGCAUGCUCAAAUAAGGAAGGUGUCCCUCGGUGUGCGCGCACGCAUGGCUGACCAGUGUCACUUUCCGGAGAUUUCUGGUCGCGCAGAUCAGUGGUAGAUCUGACAGCCAGCGGGUGAAGUGCUCUUGACUUGUAGCCCUUCUUGUUGUGUUUUUUCCUGUCUUCGUGAAAUCCAUAAUAACCCGAGGGACAUCACUGGUUUAUGGAUUUGUUUUUCCUUCUCUUGAAGAGUAAGACGGUCCCUCUUGUCCAGAGAAACCCGCGUUUGAACUGUCAUCUUGCGUACAUGUGACUGUCCGAGGAACGCUCUCCUGCAGCUUGUGUGCAUUAGUUUGAGAAGGAAUUUAUGUCGGAGCGGCAAUUAAGCGUAUUGCUAGGCGCUGCCUAGGAACCUCAACAGGCAGCCGUCGUGUUGUUCUCAAGAAAAGGAAAGACCAGAACUGGUUUUUUUUUCAGCCAGCUCGCGUGAUUAUUGAACUGGACUUGCAGAUACGUGGGCUGUUUUCCCUUCGCCGGUCAGUCGACUCCACAGCUCGUUCUCGGACAAUGCACGAAAGCGAUUUUCACUGACAUCUCCUUCUUUUUCAGCGGAAAAAGGGGAACCUCCCGCCUCAGCCCGCAAUGUUGCUCUUCUAAAGAAAGGGACAGGAAUGGAAUCUUCAAAUAUAUCCUCGUCAUCACACUUAAGACACGGACAGGGGGCAGAGACGACUGUGCCUAUCGUAGGAGAGAACGUAACUAUAACACCGCUGUUGUGAUCGGAGACGUGUUGUACCGCUGACAAAGUUUUAGAGGGUAUCUUUGUGUCUGACUUCGGGAUUCUCGCAAGAAAGUCUCACAAGCAUAUGUAGUCGAUUGCCAGGGUAUCGAUUCCAGACUCCCCUCCCACGAUUCGGCCUGGAAUCUUCGAACAUUGGAAAAGGGCAAAAAAAAAAAGAUCGAGUCGAUCCCCUCGUAUCAAUAAUAGAUCGAGCUUCUUGUCUGGAUGAAGCGAGGAGCGCGCGCUGCUGUUUCGAGCCUCCCAGACCCCCGCGCGGUUCGCGAGCUCUUCCCAGUCCGUGUGUGAGUGUGUCCUGUUUAAGAUUAAAGCGCGGCAUAGCAUGGCAAUGGUAGUAAACCAGUGGCAAGAAAGCAUCUCGGCGGAGCCUGGGACCCAGCUCCAGAUAUGUAGCCAGGAGCCCGGGGGCACCCCCAUCCAGGCGCCCGGGACCCCCUCCGGCUCCACCCCGGGAACCGACGGAGACAAGAUCCCCAACGUGGACUGUAUGGUGUGCGGGGACAAAUCGAGCGGCAAGCAUUACGGCCAGUUCACCUGCGAGGGCUGCAAGAGCUUCUUCAAGCGGUCGGUGAGGCGAAACCUGAGCUACACCUGCCGGGGCAACCGCGACUGUCCCAUCGACCAGCACCACCGCAACCAGUGCCAGUACUGCCGCCUCAAGAAGUGCCUGAAAGUCGGAAUGAGGAGGGAGGGUGAGUCCGGGCUGCGCGCUGUCCAGCGGGGCCGCAUGUCCAGCUCCCAGUCCAGCCCGGGCCAGUACCUGACCAACGGCGGGGACUCCUACAACAGCCAGCCCUACAUGUCCGGCUUCAUCUCCCUGCUGCUGCGCGCCGAGCCCUAUCCCACCUCUCGCUACGGGGCCCAGUGCAUGCAGUCCAACAACCUGAUGGGCAUCGAGAACAUCUGCGAGCUGGCCGCCCGCCUCCUCUUCAGCGCCGUGGAGUGGGCCAAGAACAUUCCCUUCUUUCCCGACCUGCAGCUCAUAGACCAGGUGUCCCUGCUGCGGAUGUCCUGGAGCGAGCUCUUCGUGCUCAACGCGGCCCAGUGCUCCAUGCCCCUCCACGUGGCGCCCCUGCUGGCGGCAGCUGGCCUGCACGCCUCGCCCAUGUCAGCGGAGCGCGUGGUGGCCUUCAUGGACCACAUCCGCGUCUUCCAGGAGCAGGUGGAGAAGCUGAAAGCCCUCCAGGUGGACACGGCCGAGUACUCCUGCCUGAAGGCCAUCGUGCUCUUCACUUCCGACGCCAUGGGUCUGUCCGACGUGGCCCACGUGGAGAGCAUCCAGGAGAAGUCGCAGUGCGCCCUGGAGGAGUACGUCCGCAACCAGUACCCCAGCCAGCCCAACCGCUUCGGCAGGCUGCUCCUGCGGCUGCCCUCCCUGCGCAUCGUCUCCUCGCCCGUCAUCGAGCAGCUCUUCUUCGUGCGCCUGGUGGGCAAGACGCCCAUCGAGACGCUGCUGCGGGACAUGCUGCUGUCGGGGUCCAGCUACAACUGGCCCUACAUGCCCGUGCAGAGGGACCGGGGCCUCUCCCUGCACUACAACGAAAACGGGCCUUGACGACACCACACCCCCACCCCACCCCCCCAACACUGACUCCACUGCCAGCCCCCCCCCUCCCCCCCCCAGCCCCCUGCUACAGCAGCACUGACAUACGUGCCUGCGGACUCCCACUUCAUUCUGUGGAAGCAGUGUGUGCAGCUACAGCGCUGGCUUUGACACAGGGGGUCAAGAUCCCCCAUGUGGUGGUCAUCGGGCCCCACCUCUCCCACCGCUGAAGAUCCUGCAUGACAUGACAGCCCUGAGAAGGGCUGUAGAGCAGGGCUGGAACCGUGGCACAGUGCAAAGAGCCAUGCGUGUCCAUGCUUCAGACAAACAGAGGGCUAACCAGUCAGUCUGGACACUCAGAGCUCCAAGAAAGAGACAUCUGCAAGUUUCCUGGGCUCUGCAUGCGCUCAAUAAAAUCCUAACCCUGUGCAGUGAACCUGUUAUGCAAAGACCUUGGACUGCUGGAGUGGGGAUGGCAGGACUUGGAAUGGGCAUGUAGACCCUAGGAAAUGGAACUCCUGCUUCUGUUGCCACUAUCAGUGUAAAGGCGUAUGGCUAUCUGCUGUCACUGGCUUUCUUUACUCACACUGCAGUCCUCUACAGACUGGCACCUGGGGGUUUGCUGAUGAAAAGCCCCUGCUGGCCCCCAAAAAAGCGCAGACUGGAAAUGCUGGCAUUGUUUCCACAAGGGUGUUGUUGCCCUCACAGUCCAUGACCCGUGAGUGAAGGAUGGUUGGACCUUACUUGGACAGGACCCAAAAAACCAGGGUGGACCAUGUGUGCGUGACAGCAUCCGAUGACUGAGUGAGAACCACUGAUGCAGGUCAGCCAAAGACAAUACCAUGUAAUCAGCAUUGUUAGAAAGCCUGCAUCAACACUUAUCUGUGCAGAGGCUGGACAUAACAGUUUAAACAUGAAGCUCCUUCUGCCAGUUCAGACAAUGACAAUAAUCAUUCAGACUGACUGAUGGCGCCACUGACCCAUAUCAUUCACAGAUAGACACCUAGGGAAAGUGUUCUUUUCUAGAGAUAAAAGCCCUGCAUAAACCUGGAGAAUUUUCUAUAGGAAUCGUCCACCUGCUGUAUU